GUCGACGAUGUUGGGUUUCGUUAAAGAGACAGAAACUGAAUAAUCGAUCUAUAAGAAAUUUAAUCUCUAGAAAAAUUAAUUCAAAACAAUUUUAUAUAGUUGUUUGUGUGCGAAAGAUGAGCGAAUCAACACGUUACCGUGGACAGCGGGAUUUCUUCUACAUGAAUAAUUCGUUUGUGUAAAGAAUCAUUAAUGUUCCAGCCAAUUUGUAGCAAGAAUGGAGAUCUAUCAUGAGCGACAAAGACAAAUGCUUUGCGCAGUUCAUACCUUAAACAACCUUUUCCAAGACAAGAAUGCUUACAGUAAGGCAGAUCUAGAUGCCAUCAGCUACCGGCUUAGCCCAGACGCUUUCGUCAAUCCGCACAAAAAUAUGCUUGGCUUGGGAAAUUAUGACGUGAAUGUUUUGAUGGUGGCCUUGCAGUGGAGGGAAUAUGAAGCAGUGUGGUUUGACAAGAGAUUGUGAGUAGUCUCGGAGAAGUAAAAGCUAAUUUAGUAGGAAAAAAGCUGAGGAUAAUAGACAAUUUUUGUUUACUUGACAUGUACUCGAUAGCUGAUUUAGAGUAAGUUUAUAAUACACAUAAACACAAAUUUAUCAGAGAAGAGCUGGAUGGCUAAACUUCAGAAUACCCCGCAACUCUGGUCCGCCUCACUUACAUGUGUCGGGAGGCUUUGAAGAUCGAGGCAUAACACAAUAGACGCUAUUCUUAUUCAAUGACAUGUAAAUGAGUUGCGGGGUAUUCUGAAGUUGCUCCCGAGGAUGAUAUUCAAUAUGACCUCCAAGAUCUUAAGCUUUCUUAUCAGGCAUUCAAAGAUUCUUAAUGCUACUGUGAACAAAUGUCCAUCCCUUGAAAGGUUAUAGUUAUCUUAUGAUAGGUAACUCCAUGAAAGUUUAAAUGUGGUAUUUUCUGUUUGAAGUGCCUAGAACUAUUUUAUAGCUUAGAUUAGAGAGGUACAAAUCUCAUGAGAGUGGCACUCUUAUGGAGCCACUCAGCAGUAUUUGAGUAGAUUUAGACUACUGGCCAACAAACUGUACCAAUUAAAAGUAGUAUGAUCUCUCAGGUACUAAUUUUAACUUAAAAAUUCAGAGAAAGGAGAAGUAAACUACUGAUAAGCAAAUGAAUAAAGGGGGCAAGUUUUUGAAGAAACUGAGGUGCUUAUUUAGUCUAGGGGUAUAAUAAGGUAAUUUGGUUUCAUUAAAUGAGUUGAUGAUGUAAACUGUCCUCUGUAAGGAGUUUCUAAAGCUGACAUUUCAAGCAGUAGUCCUUUGUCAGAGCAAAAACUGGAAAGCAGGAAUGAUUUUAUUCUAUAUACUUUUUCCUUGCAGGAAAGUUGAAUGUUUAAACCUUCAACACAUCUUUGGAUUUGUUGUGAAUAAACCUUCAAAUGUUAACCUAGUUUGGCUGGAAGUACCUAUCAAAAGGCCUCAUUGGUUUGCAGUUCGUAAAAUAAAUGACAAUUACUACAAUUUAGACUCCAAACUUUCAUCUCCUCAGUGUAUUGGCAAUGAAGAUAAGCUUUGUGAGUUUUUAAGGGAACUGUUGUCCCUGUCAGCUAUGCAGCUUUUUGUCAUUGUUGAGAAAAGUGUGGCUGAAAACAGUCUUUGGAAAAGACAGUGAAAGUGAAAGUUAUCAAUUGUUUAAAUCCUAAAUGCAAUUUAAAAAUGUCACUGUGUAUAUUUUAAACAAAUCUAGAGUAGAAUAUUCAAAAAAACUGACCAUCAUAUCUUCUAGCCCCAGUUUUAUAUCUGUUGUUGAUGGUGCUCUAUAAAUAUAUGAAGCAUUACACUCUGAGUGACCUACAGUUUCUUGGAAACGUGGUCAAUGUUUUUACAGCUUGGGUUAUUGGUGCAAGUCUCAUUGCUAAUACAGCUCAGAAACAUCUGAAUCCAUCAAAAUGGUGUGUCCACAUCUUUUAUCCAAAGCCCCUAAAGUUAAUUAGACAGUGGCCUCUCUGAGUUUUGUUUGCAAACCUCCUUAGUGCCUGUGAUCCUCAAACACUUUCAG